GGGCGGCGCCGGGGCGCAGAGUUCCCGCAGCGCCGGUCUGGAGCGUAGCGCGGCGCAGGUCGGCGCGCUGAGCGGGAGCGGCGCGCAAGUGGUCGGGCCUGGCGGCUGGACGGGCGCCCCUCGCCGCCCCGCGCGCUCCCCGCCGCCCCCCAUGAGCGCAGCCCCGCACGGCCCGGGUCCGUAGGUGGCGGGGCGCCCUCCAUGCUGCUGCAGCCCGCGCCGUGCGCCCCGAGCGCGGGCUUCCCGCGGCCCCCGGCCGCCCCCGGCGCCAUGCACGGCUCCCAGAAGGACACCACGUUCACCAAGAUCUUCGUGGGCGGCCUGCCGUACCACACCACAGACGCCUCGCUCAGGAAGUACUUCGAGGGCUUUGGCGACAUCGAGGAGGCCGUGGUCAUCACCGACCGCCAGACGGGCAAGUCCCGCGGCUACGGCUUCGUGACCAUGGCCGACCGGGCGGCAGCUGAGAGGGCUUGCAAAGACCCCAACCCCAUCAUCGACGGCCGCAAGGCCAACGUGAACCUGGCGUAUCUGGGCGCCAAGCCUCGGAGCCUCCAGACGGGCUUUGCCAUUGGGGUGCAGCAGCUGCACCCUGCCUUGAUCCAGCGGACUUACGGUGGAGAGCGGGAAGGGCCCCAGAGUCCUGUGAACACCACCGGUCCAGAAGCAGUCGAGAUGGGUCACAGAUUCUGUUGCCGUGUGCACUCGACUCAGGCUGACCCCGCACUACAUCUACCCGCCAGCCAUGGUGCAGCCCAGCGUGGUGAUCCCGGCCGCCCCCGUCCCGUCACUGUCCUCGCCCUACAUUGAGUACACGCCUGCCAGCCCGGCCUAUGCCCAGUACCCACCGGCUGCCUACGACCAGUACCCAUACGCCGCCUCGCCAGCUACGGCUGCCAGCUUCAUGGGCUACAGCUACCCAGCCGCCAUGCCCCAGGCCCUCUCGGCUGCAGCCCCCGCGGGCACCACCUUCGUGCAGUACCAGGCGCCACAGCUGCAGCCCGACAGGAUGCAGUGACUGGCGUUCCUGCCCCGAGGACUGUGGCAUUGUCACCUUCACAGCAGACGGAACUGCCAGGUCACAGUGGGCCGGCGGCAGCCUGGCUGAGCAUCAGUGAGGUGCCACCAGCACCCGUGCCUCCAAAGACCACCCGGGCACUCUGCCUGCGCCCUGGGGCCACGGAGAGACGGCUUCUCUUUAAAUCUAGGUCCCAUGGUGUCUUGAGGGAGGACUUGAAGAAGAAUGACCGAGAGCUAUUUAAAGAUGCAACCCCACGUUCCUGGCACACCACAACAGCCUCUCCUUGCACCUUCUCCUGCCUCCCCACACUCCAGGUGCCCUCAGGCUUGUGUCUCCACCGCGGUACUUGGCCGGGGUGUCACGGACCCUCUGCAGCCCCUGGCCACCCUGGACCCUGCAGAGAUGCCUGACUCCAGGGAACCUGAGAGCAAGAAGUGAAUGAACUGUUGAUUGUAAGUUGAUCCUCGCAAGCUGUGAGUGCGGUCCCAGGUGGGGGACACAGCCUCCUGCUUGAGUCCCAUUUUCUCCAUCAGGGCGCGUGGGCGGCUUCCUCAAGCCGGAGGAGCUUCCCAGGUGCGCAGGGGCCACUGGUGUCGGGCUGCUGGCCAAAGGCCCCUUUCAGUCAAAGCACUGAAGUCGCAACUUUUUUCUUGUAAUUGUUUUGCUACUUAGGUAAUUUCAGAAGUUGAGUCUAUUUUUUUCAGCGGAUACUGCCGCCACCAAGAAUCCAAAACCUAUUUUUGACUUGGAGAGACUUGCUUUUGUUGGUUCCGCCCACGGGGACAGCAGUGUUUCUGUGUAAUAAAGUGUCUGCCAGCUUGCGGGCCAGGAGCCUCCAGUGGGGCAGGCACUGCAGACAGCAGGACCCACGGGCCCGCCCGGGCCAGUCUGAUGCCGCCUGCUUGGGGGGCACAGUGAGUUGUCUCAGGACCCCCUCCCUGUGACACUGGUGCCCCUCCCCCCACAGCUCCCCAGCCACUAUUGAAGGGAAAGGGAGUGACCCACAGCUUCAGGCCACUCAGGGUCUAGACCACAGUGGUGUCUGCUUGGUGCGGGGCCCUGAGCUCUGCCUGCUGGGUGGUUGAAUGCAGGAGGGGGCACCUCUUCCCUCUCCCCCUGUACCACCUGCUGUGUGCCAGCCCAAGACCGUUCCUGCCUGUCUGGGUUAAUGGAGGGAGAAGGCCGUUCUGCUAGUAUGGCAGGGCUGCUCUGGGCCAUCCAGGGCUGUGGGGGUCCAAGGAGGGGUGCGAGGUGAGAGGUAUCCUGGCCAAGGGCGGGGGGCAGCGCGGGGGGUUCCCUCCGGACCUACCUCAGGGAGCUGAGCGUGCAGGCGCUCCAGGGCAGGCCUGGGACAGAGUCAAGGCCCAGAGAAUAAAGGUAGCUAAUCUCAUAAUAAUAUUUUUAUUAGAAUGUUCUGAUGAUAAAAAUAAACUUGUUUUCUUUAAAGAAAAA